AUGAUCAGCUUACUUGUGUUAGUGAUUGGGGUACACUCAUAUACCAUGUUUGAUGGAAAAGAGUUUCUCGACUCGUGGGCGCUGCUCAACACGGCUGGGACUGAUAUUGAGUUACAAAAGAAUUCAACCACAAACUAUCUUGCUGCGACAUUGAGGACUUGGGACACUAUCAGAGUUCAGAGAUCGUCACCAAUGCAAACAGCGGGACAAAAUUUCUUUUCGUUUGAGGUGUACUACGUCUCGGACAGAGUCAAAACUAUGAGAUUCAGAAGCAGACUCUUCUCCGAGGAGUACAACCAACAGACAGAGACCGAACUCAAACCAUAUGACUACAUAGUAAAAUCAGGUGUCGCAACACGUGUCUAUGUCCCACUGACAAUUGCAGACGAAAAGGGGACACUCCAGACCUUCUCUAUUCAGCGCAUCGAGGUGACUGACCUCCCAAUAGACUUUAAAAUCACAACCAUUGACCUCCAGGCUGAGGGAGUUCCAACCACAAACAAAGAUGUCGUUGACGUCUCAGACGACUCUUCAAACGAAAAAGAGUCAAAAGACGCAGUGCCAUUUAUCUUUGUUACUCUUUUUGCUCUCUUCAUCUUACUUGCAUUGUGA